AUGCGUUCCUCAUUCUUCGCUGUCGCUGCAGCAGUUGCUGCUGUUAAUGCUCAGGGAGCUCAGCCAGCCCCUUCUUCCACUGUCGUCGCAGAUCCCGGCACUCUUCCUCUCGGCGCUGAUUGUGCCCGCACCGAGCAGUGUGCAGGAGGAGCUCAAUGCUAUGCCUCCAACUUUAUGCAAAUCACUCAGUGCGGAAAGUACAAUGCCGAGUGCGACAACGAUUCUCAAUGCGCCACCAACUUCUGCGCCGGAGGUCUCUGCAGUGGUCCUUUGCCUCAAUCCGAAUGGCUGAUGCCCACUUCGCUCAUCUACAACCCAAGCUCUACUGCAUCGAGCGCUGUCGUUUCGUCGACCUCAUCGGGUGGUGGCAUUCAGCCCGCUCCUUCAUCGACGGUCGUCGCGGCAGCUGGAUCUCUUCCUCUGGGCGCCGAGUGCGCGAACACGGAGCAGUGCACUGGUGGAGCAGAGUGUUUCGCCUCUACAGCCUGGCUCAUCAAGUCGUGCGGAAAGUUCAACGCCGCAUGCAGCAACGACUCUCAGUGCGCAACUAACACUUGCAACAACGGUCUCUGCAAUGGCUUCCUCGCUUCCUCUGCUUACCUCGCCAACACUGCUUCCGCCACUGCUUCUGGCAUGAUGUCUUUCAUGCCCGUCCCGACCGGCUCCACCACAUUCGCCUCGUCUGGCGCAAACACUGCUUUGGGCAAGAGCUGCAAUGCCACUUCUCAGUGUGCCAAUGGCGCUGAAUGUACCGUCUCGUCUGCAUACCAGGAAGCCGCUGCCGGCAUGGUUUGUGGACCUUUCAAUGCCACUUGCACGGAUUCUUCGCAGUGUAGCUACAACUCUUGCUUCAACUCGAGAUGUAUUGGUGUUGUUGGAUAUGAGUAUGCCACUUCUACUGCUAUUGUCUCUGGCAAGCCUACAUUGAUUGCUGUCAAUGGCACUAGUGUUGGUACUGCUGGGGCUACUGGUGCCGUUAAGACUAUGGCGCCGAGUUCGAGUGUUGUGCCUUACACUGGCGGUGCUGCACAGGCUGGUGUGCUUUCUGGACUUGGAGCUGUUGUUAUGGGUGUUGUUGCUUUUUUGCUUUGA